AUGGUUUCCAUUCGCUCCCUGAUCUUGAGCCUCUCAACUAUUUCUACUUGCCUCGCUGCCCCGGCAAUCGGGCCAGCUGAGUUGCUGCCUCCUCAUGUUGAGCGACGGGGCCCUUCCGACUUCUUCCUGGGACCCAAUCACCCCCUCAUGCUCGCACGCCGCAAUGAGUCCCUCGAAAGACGAGGCAUGACUCUUGAGGAGCGCACCAACUACGUCCAAAACUACCAGACUGGCGGCACUGUCAACUUCACGCCCUCGGGCAACAGCUUCAGUCUCAACUUCGAUACCACAGACGAUUUCGUUGUCGGUGUCGGUUGGAACCCAGGUUCUACCGCCCCCAUCACUCAUUCUGGUUCAUUCGCAGUUACCAAGGGUCUUGCGACCCUUUCAGUCUAUGGCUGGACCACCAAUCCGCUUGUGGAGUACUACGUCAUUGAGGACUCUGCGGGAUUCACACAGACCGGGACGAAGAAGGGCACCGUGACCAGUGAUGGUGGCUCUUAUACCAUCUGGGAGAAUGUGCGCACCAACGCCCCAUCAAUUCAGGGCACCCAGACCUUCAACCAAUACAUCUCGGUUCGCAACAGCGGUCUUACAAGCGGUACGGUGUCUAUUUCCAAUCACUUCAAUGCUUGGAAGAGCUACGGUAUGAACUUGGGUACGCUUAACUUCCAGGUCAUUGCUGUCGAGACCUGGAAUGGCGCUGGCUCGGCAAAACAAACUGUCACCAACUAG